AUGAGACCAGACGUUGCGGUUGUACUACCAACACUCUUUGUAUCAGCGGUCGCGUCAGUCAUCGAUGGGCCACGCCCCAUCAAGCGCAUUGAGAACGAGCCUAGAACCCGCGAGCUCGAGCUUUACAAGCGUCGUGGCGGAGGACACGGUGGCGGCGGAGGUUCAAGAGGAUCGUCGUGGAGUGGUAGCAGAGGUGGUAGUUCCAGUGACGGCAGCAGCGGUACUGGUAGUGGUUCAGGAGGUUCAUCAAGCGGCAGCAGCAGUAACCGCGGAGGCUCCGGCUAUGUUCCUGGCGCUGGUCCUCAACCCAGCGUCGCCGGUCAAUACUACCCUGGUGGCUCUUCAAAACCUUAUAGAUCCGGCAGCCGAAGUCCCGGAGGCAUUGUGCCCUUUUCUCUAGCCGGUGCUGCACUUGCAUUCUGGCCUGGCCUUUGGCUCUACGGCGUAUAUAUAUAUCCGUAUCCAUACCAGUACCACUACUACAAUUACACUAGCUGGGAGUAUGAAGACCGCGAUAUUCUAUGUGGGUGUUCUAAGUACGAGGAGUGCGCAUGUGACUACAAUAACAAUACGGCAUUCUUCGAUGACCUUCUUGGAGGGGGGUAUUAUGGUUACUACGAGUCCAUUAUCGACGUUGUAGAUGUCAACGGUACAAUGACGAUCCUUAUUAACGGAACUCUCCCCAACGGUACACGGCUCCCAAGCGAUGGUGCAUCAGAAAAUACACCAGAAAACGGACCAGAAAACGCAGCUAUGCGACGCUUCAGCGAGGAUUUGGGUUGGUGGUCUGCAGUUGCUGUGGUAAUGGCAACGGUCUACGUCGUCUAG